AGGGUGUUACCAUAUGAUAUUAUGUCAAGUUUGAAAAGCAAACACGGGAUCAGAAAUUUGGCGCCUUCUAGUUUUCGUACCGCGCUUGUGUGACAUUCUUGCAGAUUCCCCUUUAAGCAGCACGAGCAGCAGGAGCGGCCGGUAGAGGAUUUCUUUCCCUCCUCGCUCUCUCCCUCUCUCUCUCUUUCUUUAGCUCACUCUGUCUUUUUUUCCCAUCGUUCACUUCAUCCAGACCGACUCGAGCUCGGUUCCUGCGAAUGCUCGCGCGCUCAGUUUGAACGCUCUCUCGUGCUGCUGUGCCACGUUUUUAUACAUGCGUCUUCUUCUGCUGGACUGUGUGGACCCCGGGCUCGCGCUCGCCUGUUAAUGAGGACAACUUCCACUCUGCCGUGCACGGCGCAGCAGCAGCACGAGCUCCGGAGGAUGAACCGAUAAUAUCCUAUCUGGACUUUACUGACCGGUCUGAUCGAUCUGCUUUGGCGGGCGAGGGAACGAUGUAUUCGCCGAUUUGUCUGACCCAGGAUGAGUUCCAUCCCUUCAUUGAGGCGCUGCUCCCUCACGUGCGCUCCAUCGCCUACACCUGGUUCAACCUCCAGGCUCGGAAGCGCAAGUACUUCAAGAAGCACGAGAAACGGAUGUCCAAGGAUGAGGAGCGAGCGGUGAAGGACGAAUUAUUGAGUGAAAAGCCUGAGAUCAAGCAGAAGUGGGCUUCACGCCUUCUGGCCAAGCUACGCAAGGACAUCCGGCAGGAGUACCGUGAGGACUUUGUGCUCAGCGUGACAGGCAAGAAGCACCCGUGCUGUGUGCUGUCCAACCCUGACCAGAAGGGUAAGAUCCGGCGCAUUGACUGCUUGCGGCAGGCGGAUAAGGUGUGGCGGCUGGACCUGGUGAUGGUCAUCCUGUUCAAAGGCAUCCCGCUGGAGAGCACGGACGGCGAGCGGCUCGUCAAGUCGCCGCACUGCACCAACCAGGCACUCUGCGUCCAGCCCCAUCACAUCACUGUGUCCGUCAAGGAGCUGGACCUGUUCCUGGCUUACUACGUCCAGGAUCAAGACUCGCAGCAGUCAGGAAGUCCCAGUAACAAUGAGCCUGGCAAGAACCCUCCAGUUUACCUGGAGGACAGCUUUGUGAAAUCAGGAGUCUUCAGUGUUUCAGAGUUGGUGAGAGUUUCCAGAACUCCUAUCACGCAGGGGACAGGGGUGAAUUUCACAAUGGCAGACAUGCCCAGUCAGCCUUACUACCAUGACCUGAACUCAGUGAGCUUACACCGCUCACUCCCCUCUCCUCACGGCAGUAAACGAGCCAAGACGAUUCCAGAGGACAGUAUGGAGACCAGUCCUACUGGCCCAGACUUCUACUCCUCCCCCAGCUCACCGGUUAGCCGGCCCUGGCAUGAGAGAGACCAAGCUGAGAUGUCCUCUCCCACCAUGAAGAAGGCAGAGAAGCCUCUGUUCAGCCCGACGUCCCCUCAGGACUCCUCACCCCGCCUCAGCUCCUUCCCCCAGCAUCAUCACCUGACCAGUGUUGGCCACAGUGUGAUUUCCACAAGAAGUCCUCCCCCUCACUCUCCGCUGCAGUUCUCAGCUCCUGCCAUCCUCCCCCCAGCUCCGUCAUCCUACUUCUCCCAUCCCACUAUCCGCUACCCACCCCACCUCAACCCUCCUGACUCCCUCAAGAACUACGUGCAGCCUUAUGACCCGUCCAGCCCCCAGAGUAGCCAGCCAAACAGCAGUGGUCAGGUGGUGGGGAAGGUUCCAGGCCACUUCACACCAGUGCUGACCCCGUCUCCCCACCAUGGCACAGUCAGACCGGUCUCUCUCUCUAUGCCUGACACCAAGCCAAUCACCACAUCCUCAGAGGGUUAUUCGGCUCCUGGCACCCCUACCGCUAACCGUUUUGUGGGACUGAGCCCUAGAGACCCUGCCUUCCUCCACCAGCAACAGCUGAGGAUUUGUGACUGGCCCGUGAAUCAAAACGUCAGGUCUUAUGGCUCAGAGGAGGCUUUGGGGAUUUCUUGGCAAAGUGGUACCUGGGCGAGCUUAAUUCCAUUCCAAGUGUCGAACGGGACUCAGAUUCUGCCAACAAAUGUCCAGAAUUACAGCAUAAACAUCAUUGGUGAGCCCCUUCUCCAGGCAGAGACAAGCAACUGACCGAGCCGGGCCGAGCCUAGACUCUGGAGUGACAGGUCCGUGGACAAACCAGCAAGCAGCACUUAUACAAUCGCCAUUGACUUUUGUCCCUCCCACUGAAGGACUUUGACCUAGAACAGAAGAGUGGGCUGGGUCAAAGCUGGCACGAGCCUCUCCAUGCCAGUCAGUCAUUGUGUGAGGAGGCCCCUCAACUGACAUACUGUGAUAUUUACCAUAAAAAAAAAUUAGAUGCCUUAAUGUUUUUGCAUGACACGCUAGUCUCUUGUAGUGUUUUCUCUCAUUCUUACGUCACAAUUUCUAGUCUUGAUUUAUGAGCAGGUGUAGAAAGAGAGGCACACAAGGGCUGGCUGGCUGGACGUUUUGGGAAAACAGGCUCCAAUUCUGACAAACGCAUCAAACUAAGCUCAGACGUUUCAUAACAUAAUCAUAGGAACGAUUUUUAGCAAUUCUGAUCUUUCUGUUGUUAUUUUUUAUUUUUUUACCCUCUAAAUUUAUCAUUUUCUGUGAUUGAAAGUCACCUUCUGGUAUCUGUAAUCUUGUCAAUCUUAGAUUUGUAUUUCCUUUAAAGGUAAAUAUUACCUUUACUCUCUUAAGAGUUAAGAACUCUUAACUUUUUUCAGUGAAAGAAAAAGACCUGUAUUAAUAGGUUAGAAAAACAACCCCAUUCAUUUUUUGACAUAUUCUAGAAAGGAUUUUCAGAAAAUGAAAAAAAGAAAAUAUCUCAUAUGAGGCAAGUGCAAUUUAAAUGAUUUUUUUACUGAAGGGAAGCUAUCAUAGUCUGUCUGCCCUAGGACUCUAAAGGAAAGGGGAGUAAAAGUUUUUACUAAACUUUUAAAUCAUGAAAUACAAUUUAAAAUUGCAUCCUCGAAUAUGAAAAUGGGGGAUAGUUGAGGGUGGAAAGGCGUGAUUGACAGUGAACGUUUACCUGAGCAGAACUGAACACGAACAAAACAGCACUUAUCUUGAGCCGUACCCAGCACUCGGGUAGCUAUUGUUUAAUUUAUUUUGUGAAAUGGCAAACAGAAACUUAAAAAGGUGAAAAGACACAGAUAUACCGCGUGUAUAAAAUGGCUUAUUUUGAUGUAGUACCCACCAAUUUAGUGUGCAUUUUCAUUUGGGCCAUUAGCUUAUAAAGCUACUGUUUACAAUGUGAUAUUACAAGAAACAUGAGGAACGCAGGCUGGUGAAGUAAUUUAAGAGUAAAUGUGUGUGCUUGCGUGCGUGUGUGCGUGCGUGUGUGUGUGUGUGUGUUAUGUUGUAAAAUCUGCACUCAGUUUAACACUAACCUGCAGGGUGAGGCUAGGUCUCAUGGUGCUUCUUUUAUGCCCAGUUUGGUGGAUCCCAAGAGUUGCAGUCCCAUCAAUCCGCAAUUGUUCACGGCAGUCCCAAUGCCAUCGCCUCUCCAAUCAGAUAUAUUUAUAUAACUAAUCUUUCCAAUAAUGUUAAUUUGCACGAAGAUAUAUAGUCCACAUUACGUGCCUUGCCUUUGAAUAUAGACAUCACUACACUUGUUUUUGCUGCAUUUAUUACCGUUUUAGAAAAAAAAUAACAUUUUUAUGAUAAGAAAUAUUUUGUACUCUGGAUGAAAUUGUGACAUUGUUGAUUUUUAGCUCCAUUUACUACUUUAUCUCACAUUUACAGUGCAUAUCAAGGCUGUGUAUAGUUGCCGUUCUAAAGUUUAUAAUCAACCAGCAUUAUUUUUCAGUAUUUUGGUGUUGUUUUAUUUUUUGUUUUUCAUCUUCCAGUCAUUAUUGGGGAGGGAGGGGUCCAGAAUUAUACAAAUUAUGCAAUACCAAGUUUUGCCUAUGUAGGUAGUGCUUUUAGCUAUGUCGAUUAUUAGAAGCUAGUAAGGAGAUACAGAUAGUGUAAACAUUUAUUUUGUUGAUGUUGUCAUGGUUAAUGUUGUUGUCAUUGUUGAUGUUGUUGUUGUUGUUGUUAUUUUCUUUUUUUUAUUGACCAAAGUGGGAACUGCUGUCUAUGCAGUGUAUGACAAGGUCGUUUCUUUUUUUCUUCCUUUUUUUCCCUUUUUUUUCUUUUGAGUGUACUGAAAGAUGGAAAGGUGCUUGUAAGGGUUGUUUUGUUUCGUAUUCUCUGUGAGGGGAUUAAUUAUUUUUCUACACUUUGUAGCAUGUCUGCAAAGAAUGCACCAUUUGGUCUAAUACGGCUGCAAAGUCACUGAUCUGUCUACUGUGACUAACCAACACUUUCUUUAAUCUUCACACCUGGGGUGCUAGCCUGACUCCUGGAAGAAGCUCAUUUUCACAGAAGAGAAAGCUUGGCUUGAGAAUGACAAUCAGCUAUGAAAUCCGGAGCAUCGCUUAGAUCAAUCAGAUUUAUCUGCAGAUUGACCUUUAUGCAAUGAGGACAUUAAGUUUUAUUCAUGCACUACACAUGGUUACCUGUUAAUUCUUUCAUCAGACACUGAUCUGACAUCAUUUAACAUAAUGCACAACAUCUAUCUAUCAUAUAUAUUGUCGGUUCUGUCUUGAAAGCUAUGAAGAGUAUGUCAAGCAUUGCUUCUGCAUAAGUAGCAAUAUGCAAUUUCAAAGUAGAUGCCUUACAUUUUUACUAAAAAAAAAAAAAGAAAAAGUGAAAAAAGUGACUUGUUAUAAAAUGCGUUACAAUCACCACGCUGUCCUGCGUGAUUAAACUCUCUCACAAUCAGAAAAAAAUGACUUUGCUAUUCUUUAUUGUUUUGCUAUCUUGGAGAUAUUCCCAGUUGUAGCCUUAUCGAGAUGUCAGUCAGGCUCGGGGACACCGUAUUAGCUCAUUAUCUAUAUUUUCUGUUCUCUUUGUGAUAAGCUGUGGACUUCAGAGGAAGAGCCUUAUCUGUUCCCCAUUUGGUCUGGAGGACCAAGAUAUCUCACUGCAGAUUAAACGUUUAGCACUUAUACAGCACAUAGGCAAUCAUCCACCUAUAGUGUCCUUUCAAUUUAACACUGAAGUCUAAAACUCUGUAACUCAGGCAUAAUGCUACAUGGGGCAUUAUCAGCAUCAGUUGUUAGGUUUGCUUUCAAGACGACUACGACAUUAUCAGAUUUACACUACGUUCCUGCUGUUUGCACUUAAGCCCAACUACCAGCCAAUCAUGCAUCCUUCAUCAUUAAAACCAGUCCUCAGAACAAGAAACACAAAUUCAAAAAAAUAUUAAAAGUAAAUAAACUCAAGUCAAGCUCGAUCUCUCCUCCUUCUCAACCAUUGCUCAUUUAAAUUUAGAGACAUAUAAAAGUAAAUAAUAGAAAAUAUUAAAAAUGAAGCCACCCUGUUUUAUGUGCACUGCUCUGCCUUUUCUUUUCCUUAGGAUUUGAAAAAAAAACAUGUAAGUGCUUUGCAGCCUUUUGGCCAUUGGCUAUGCCACUGAAGUGCAUUUCCCCUAGAGUGAUGGGAGUGUCAGGGUCGUUGUAUUGUUUUUGUGGUCUUAGGUGCGUUCAAAACGGUGAAGAAGGCUGUGGGUGAGGGCCAUUAUGAUGGCCGAGGUAAUAGCAAUAGUCUUUUGGUAGUAGUCCUUAGGGGUUGAAAUCUGCUCUGGCAGCUCUGUGAAAUUUGUUUGUGUUGGUGCGAUGUGUGUGUGUGUGUGUGUGUGUGUGUGUGUGUGUGAGUAUGUAUGUAUGAGUGUGAGUGCGAGUGUGUAAAGCUGACUCUGACACUACGAGAUAUGAGCAAGUGAGGAUCUUUCUAUUGAAAUGCCUGCCUUGUAGACAAAAGUUUGUACACUGUAAACUUUUUUCUUUAUCAUUGUUUAUAAAAAGCAAACCUUUAAAAAAAAAGAAAAAAUAAGACAAUGAAUUUGAUGCCCAACAUUUUUUAUUAAUUAUUAUUGUAAAAAUAGGCUACAAGUUGAGAUACAGCUCUAGCUGCCCAUUAAAUAAGAGAAUUAGAGCGAUUGUGUAAUUUUAUUUGUUUUGGUUUAAUUUUCGUUUUGUUUUACUUAAAAAGUGGAGGUGAAUUCCUAUGUGGGACUGUAAAUGUUUUAAAGAAAACAAUGAAGGUCUUUUGUUGUGUUUUGUGUAGAUUAACUUGGAUUUUUGGAGACAUUUCAUAAAUGUUCAGAGUGUCGUUUUUGUUAGUGUGGACAUAGAGUGCGUGUGACGUGAUAAUGUGAUCUCAAAAAUGGGAAGAGAACUAAUGAUAAAGUCAUGUUGGCUAGGGUCGCGUUUUGUUGUUUUACGGUAGAUUACGGAAAUCCCCGUCACUUUAAAACGCCGCCUGAUUUGAGUCUGCCAACAGUGAGUACCAGGGUAAUGUUGUUAAAGACAUCAUAUAUUGUUCUGCUGUCUUGUGCAAAAGAAAGCAUGUUACCCCCCACCCCACCCCCCACCUUCCCCCUCAUUGCUAGAAGCUUACCCACAAUGCAGUGCACAUCUUGAGUUCUGAUAAUGCUGACUCUUAGGCUUGUUCGUUCAUAGUGUUUACAUGUGCCCCAAUGGGGGCAGUGAUCGCCAUGCUAAGAUAAGUGCUAGUCAUAUUCAUCGUGUUGUAUUUAGGGGCGGUACUGAGAGAUGUAAAGCUCUCAGAAGGCUUCGUGCGGCUCUGUAGACAUCCCGUUAUGUCGUCAUCGCUGAGGAGAAUUUGACAAACAGCAUUUGCACUUUCCACAGUUCCCACUACCCGUUUCAUUGGUGCGCCGUUUGAAUGUGCUCUAUUUAGCCUGAGCGGUUACAUCUAGUCUGACUGAGUAUCGUCAUGGUAGCUCAUAACACUUCCCCCUUCACGACAGUAUACAGUGUUAUGAGGUUUAUCAGGGGAGUUAUGGUCAAUUUCUACCCUUUUUUUCUUGUGUUUUAGUAGUGAUUUUUAGUCAUUUCUUCUUUUUCAAAGGGCUGAUCCUUUUUUUGUUUUAAUCAGUUUAUUAGUGAACGAAUUUUUCAUAGCAUUACACGUAUUACAUUACAUGAGAGAAUGGCCUGGUAACGUUGAGUAUUACACUUGGUAUCAGUUCUGAAAGCCAUGCUCAUGGACAUUGAGAAGCCCACAAGUAUUUUCCUUAUGCAAGGAGGGCUGGUGGCACUCAUGUAAUAUCUGUCUUUAGUUCACCUGAAUGUGGAUCACUGCAGGAAAAAAGGCAAGAGGACCUUUUAAGUCCAUUUCUACAUUUCCAUGUACAUUAUUAGGGCAUUUUCAGUGGCAUGAAUGAACAUCAGGUCGACAUAAACAGGAACGUUUUAAGAAACCAGCAUAUUAUGAGACGUUUACCAAAAAAAAAGAUAAAAAAGAUAAAAAAAAAAUUAUAUAUAUAUAUACAGUAUACAGUAUAUAUGUUAAGCAGUGCCUGUUCCAGCUCAGAGUCUCAGUGGACUUCCUGUUGUAAAUAAAAUAAGAAAAAAAAAAAACACUGAUUGAGAUUUCUUUGGGGAAAUGAAUAAAAUAAAAAUGAAUAAAAAUUCACAAAUACAACUUCAGUCAAAACAGAAUGUGUGGGAUGCCUCUUCCUGUAUUUUUAACUUUUUUUUUUACCCCCCUGGGUUUUAUGUGAUGUGUCCUUUUUAAGCGUUUUUGUGAUUUGUUCAUUUUCGAAUUUUAGUCAUAUUGGAUGGAGUGCCCUGGUCUCUCGAUAUUUCUUUGAGGAGAUUAAAUGAGUAGUUGGGCAGUGUGUUUCUUUAGAUUGUCAAUGCUACACUUAGUACUACAGUAGAUGAUGGAAAAAAAUGUCAAUUGAAAUAAAAAAAAAAAAAAAUGAUGCUUGCCAGCUCCACAGCAGGGUUUAUUUCGUUUGAGUCUUGUGGCACUUUUACACCCUCUGCAAAACAAAUGGCAUUUUCACACAUGGAUUUGUGACAUGGCAACAACAGCAACAAGUGUUUUUAAAGGUUGUAUCAGCCUCUAGUGAUUGUAGUAACAACGCAGUUGUAUGAAAUGUAAGGCAAUGUAAGUUCAUGAAUGUACGUCAUAGACUUUUCCAUACAUUUGUGUUUCAUUCACAGUUCAGGAAAUGCAGGUAUCCUUCAAGAAGCUGUAUAGCGAAGGCCUUGUUUUUCAGCUGUUUUGAUUUCUUCAGUUCUUCAGGUUUUUUUUUUGUUUGUUGUUUUGAUUUUUUUCAGUUUUCACAGCGAAACAGUAGGCACUGCCUUCAAGCUAGUUGCAUCUGGGGGCUAAAAUUGCCACAAGAUUAAAAAUGAGUGUAAAUAGCGCUUGACUUUUUUGUGAUUGUUACUGUUAUAUCCAGCCUAUACUGCUAGCAGCUGUUUUUACUGCAGUCAAUUACUGGAAGUGGAUAUAUUUCCUAUGCAAAACUGUUUAAACAAUAAAAUGAGCUAUGCUACAA